ACGUAUGUAUACAUAAUCAUACGGUCAUACUAUAUACGUAGCAUUCGAAAAUACUUUUACAAGUAAUCAAAAGCAUUUUAUUAUUUCAUUCAGAGAAUAUUUUAUUGUCUUGAAAAAUGGAAGAGCAGAAAAGGAUUUUUCAUGACAAUGUGAUUCAAGGGAUACCUGAUUUAGCUAUCUACAUACCGAGUUUUAUUACACAAGAAGAAGAAAGUGAAAUUAUAAAAUAUGUUAAUAGUGCACCACUUCCAAAGUGGACGCAAUUAAGUCAUCGUAGAUUACAGAAUUGGGGUGGUGUUCCACACACAAAAGGUAUGAUAGCAGAAGAAAUACCGAAUUGGCUUCAAAAGUAUAUCGAUAAGGUUCUAUCUUGCAAUGUAUUCGAGGAAGGAAAGUUCGCCAAUCAUGUUUUAAUUAAUGAAUAUUUACCUGGUCAAGGAAUAAUGCCACAUUCGGAUGGCCCACUCUUUCAUCCCAUUGUAACAACGAUCAGUUGUGGUUCUCACACCGUGUUAGACUUUUAUAAACAAUUGGACAGCUCAGAGCAACAUGAUUCAAAUCUAGAAUUUGGCCUACUUCUGGAACGCAGAAGCUUAUUUAUUCUGCAAGGAGAUUUGUACCAUAAUUAUUUGCAUUCCAUUGCAGAAAGAGACACAGAUGUUGUUUCAAGAUCUGUGAUAAAGAAUUUGCAUUUAUGCAGGGAACAAUUUGUGGAAGGAGAAACAUUGAAAAGGGGGACUAGAAUAUCUUUAACUAUUAGACACGUUCCGAAAACUACGAAAUUAAAGUUAAGAAUAGGUUGAUAUAUGUUCGUGAAUAUAAACGAUUUAUUAUUUUGGAGGUUUAAAGUAAUAAAUAAGUAC